CACCCAAGUAGCGGAGUCAUCUCAGAAAAUCCACCUUUCUCUUUGGAACCCAAAAUUCUUGUGUAAAUUUGGAAACAUCCACUUUUACCUGUUGGUUGGGAGAAGAAGAAGAGGGAGAAAAAUCACAACGUUUCCCCUCUCUCUCCCCCCCCUCCAAAAAACUAUGCAAUUCCAGGCCAGUUUCUUCAUUAACAACUUAUUCCCUUUUCCAUCGCCGGCACGGCGGCCGGGACUUCAAAGUCCUCGGCCAUUACCCACCGUUUCAUCCUAUGAGACUCCUCUCAUCUCCCCCUCCUCCUUUUGAUCCCAAUGGCUUCCUCCCCUCAUCCUCACGUUUGAUUUCUUUGGCUUCCCCUGCUGCUUCCCCUUCUCCAUUUGAAUUAUUAUUAACAGAUCCAACUUCUAAACCCACUCUCCUCCUCCCUGCUCUUCCUGUUGCUGACGGUGCUUCUGAUUUUGCAACAAUCUCUUUUGUUUUCGGUAUUCUUCUUCUUUCCCUUUUCUCUUUCGCUUUUAUUUUCCAUCUGCGAAUUAGAUCCCGUCAAUUACCUCAUCUACAGAAUUUCAAUUCUCUUUGGGCUGUCAGAUUGCUUCUUGUUCUCUUUGCUUCUCUUUGGGCUGUUAACGAAGUCACUCGUUUACCUUUUAUUCGCCGGAAAUAUGUUUACCCCUUUUUGCCAUCUCUUUCCCUUGAUCAACAAGCCGAGAUCUGUAAGGUUCAUGUGGUUCUCUCAUUGGGAUUCUUCGAACCGGGUUUUCUAAUUACUCUUCUUUUCUUGGUCAACGAGUCGAUCAAGACGCAGAAUCCUUUUCGGACUUGGGGUGUUGCACUCGUUUGUUUAGCUUGUUCGCCUAUUCUACUGCUGCAAUCGUUCUUCGUGUUCUUCUCGCCGUUGGAGGCACAAUUACCCACAUAUAUGCACGCGAGUUCUUACCUUUCAACUGACCAUUUCGGAAACAAAUCCGUGCUUUGCACCUACCCGUUGUUCAGUUGCGUUGUGUUUGGUGUAUUCAGCAUUGCUUAUUCAUUAGCAUUUUUGUUGUCAUGUUGGAGGGUGGUGGCAUUUGUGAUCAACAAGAAGAUUCGGGUACGGUUGAACAUGCUUGCAACAUCGUUCAUGAUAUUGUUGCCGUUGCAGAUUCUUUGCUUAGGAUUGUCGCCUUUGUGGCAGCCGGCAGAGCCUAUACAUGGAUAUGUUGUGUUGGCGAUGGACCUUGCUGUUGCAUGGUGCGUGGUGAUUGGGGAGGUCAUAUUGGUAAUAAGGCCAAUUGCAGAUGCAUUAGCUGCAGGUGGAGCAUUUUGCCUUUGGAGUCCCGGAUGCAGGUCAGGACAUCCUAACGGUUCAGGGAAGAGGGUGAAUAAUGGGAAUUUAUAGCGAUCCAUGAAGGACAUUCAUGGUCUGUUCAUAUCAUUGUGUGUGUGUGUGUUUCAAAGAGAGAGAUGAGAGGGCCAAUUUUUGACGAUUUCAGUGUGUAAAUGCUUUGUGGUUUGGCUCAUCAAGCAUAGAGGGGGGAUUAUUUAGUAAGUAAAACUUUGUUUAUACUUUAUUUAUUACUCCUCGGAGGAAAAUGUGUGUACAGCAUUCACUUUCAUAUUCAGCACUUUCUUCGGCA